AUGUCCUCCCCACUCUCUGCUGAGGAUGGAGACAUUCUCGAGCGUCUUCAGCGACCUGCCGAUCCAAAGGUGCUAGAGGAGCAGCAACAGGCCGUCAACGAACGGCUGCAUGCAAUCUACCAAAAGGCGCAAGCUCGUCUUGGAGAGCUGAUUGACCAGAAUUCCACCGUACCAUGUGCGAUCUCGUCAGUGCAGGUCCUCAACGCAAGCCAUACGCGCAGGGGCUUUCUUGAACAGAUUUUCAACCCAUUGUUGAGUGCAAAUCAGAAACAACCCUAUACUCUAUCCGAAGCGUUGCGGGAAAUAUCGGCACGUGCGGACAAGCUGAGCAGAUUCGAUAUCUUUCAACAACCAGUCUCUGUAUAUCUUGACCAGACGCCGGCAUCCGAAGAGCAGUCGGAUUUGACCAACCUCAAUGUAUACUACUCGGUCAAAGAAAAGUCCCGUGUCUUGCUCAAGACCGGAACUGACCUGGGAAAUACCGAAGGCUCGGCGUACGGUAACCUCCUAUGGCGCAACGUAUUUGGUGGUGCAGAGAACCUAAACCUUAAUGCAUCCCUGGGUACGCGGACGCGAUCCGCCUACCAAGCCGCAUUCGACACCCCGCUUCUUAGCGAUCCCGACUUUCGCUUGGAGAUUGGCGGAAUUGCCAGCGCAACGCAAAAAUCUUGGGCCAGCCAUGAGGAAGUGUUGAGGGGCGGAUGGAGCAAGCUCCGGUGGUUGACUCGGUCUGGCCAUCGCCAUGAACUUGGCUACAACGGCUUUUGGAGACAGGUAACAGGUCUGGCUGAGAAUGCCUCACCAACAGUCCGGGCAGAUGCAGGUGAUAGUGUGAAGAGCAGCAUCUUUCACAGCUGGACAGCAGAUCGCCGAGACAAUGCUUUCUUACCGUCUCGAGGUUACUAUGCGAAAGCGUUCAACGAACUUGCCGGCUGGGGUCCCUUGAAGGGUGACGUCGCUUUUUGGAAGUCUGAAAUCGAGACCCAGGGCGCAGUCCCAAUCCCGAUCCCAGGAAUUAAGGGGGAUAGUGGCAUUAGCUUCACUACCGGGUUCCGUGCUGGUCUGCUUUAUCCCCUUGGCCUCGACUCCGACUCUCGACCUCGCCUGUCUCGCCUGAAUGAUCGUUUCCAGCUAGGUGGCCCUACAGAUGUCCGCGGCUUCCGUCUCUCUGGCCUCGGCCCUCAUGACGGCGCUGAUGCUGUUGGAGGUGACGUAUAUGCCGCCGGAAGUGCAAACCUCCUUUUCCCGCUCCCCCGAGUGGGCGUUGAGAAGCCUCUGCGACUUCAGGCGUUUGUGAACGGCGGGCGUUUACUGCCUCUGCGCACGGCGCAAAAGACUGCCCCUACCACUAGCGGAGAAGUUACUGAUGCCAUUGCAUCUACCAUCUCUGAACUCGGAUACGGGCUACCAAGUGUUGCGGCGGGCGUUGGGCUUGUUUAUGCCCACCCAGCUGCUAGAUUCGAGCUCAACGUCUCUCUGCCCUUGGUGCUGCGCAAAGGCGAAGAGGGCAGGAAGGGGUUGCAGCUUGGAAUCGGCAUUAAUUUCCUGUAA